AAACCAAACAGAAUGAGAGUAAAGUCCAACGACAGCAGCGAGUCGACUGGGUCAACAUUUCCACUGUGACUCUUUUCAUUUGAAGUUACUUUAAUAUUCUUGGCUAAUAAUAAUGGAGAUUCCAGUGUACAUACUCGAUGCCUUUACUAAUUUACCGUUUAAGGGAAACCCUGCAGCAAUUUGUCCUCUAAUGCAUGAACUGAGAGAUGACUUGUAUCAGAGGAUAGCAGCAGAAAUGAACCUGUCAGAAACAGCUUUCAUUACCAGAGUCAACCCCUCUGAAAACUUUACCACAGGAUCAAGGUUCCGACUGCGAUGGUUCACACCAACGACUGAAAUUAACCUGUGUGGUCACGCCACUCUGGCCUCAGCCGCGGUGCUGUUCAAGCAUAAGAAGAACGUGAAUCCUAAACUGGUGUUUGAGACAAGGAGUGGUGAUCUGGCGGUCACCCAGCAGGGGGAAGGGUACGUCAUGGACUUUCCUCUCAACCCACCCACCCAGGAGGAUGCAAAUGACUUCAGAGACGUCAUCAAGGCUGCAGUUGGAAACCACCCGAUCCAGGAUGUUUAUCUUUGCGCCCAAACUAAAAAACUGUUGGUUCGACUGUCUGACAGCUGUGACAGGUCAGUCCUAACCAGCCUGAAGGUCGACCCCGUAGCGCUCCAGCGCAGUGAGACAAGUGGAAGAGUCAAAGGACUAAUCAUCACCAUGAAAGGAUCCCCGGAAAUUCAGCCUGGAUACGACUUCUACUCCAGAUACUUUGCUCCAUGGAACGGCGUCCCUGAGGAUCCCGUCACUGGUUCUGCCCACACCGUGCUGGGGAGCUACUGGUCUAACAAACUGGGAAAGAAUAAAAUGCUGGCGUACCAGUGCUCCAGUCGAGGCGGAGAGCUGCAACUGGAAGUUCGACCUGACGGCAGAAUAAACAUAUUCGGAGAGUCCGUCACGGUGCUGCAGGGAACGAUCACCCUGUAGCCACACGCAGAACAGGAGGGUUUGGGUGGAUGGGGGUAGUGAUUGUGUACCUUCAAAACAGGCUUUGUCCUAUGAUUUAAAAAAUAUAUAAAUAAUGAGUCAACUUAAAUAAAGCUCUAAACAAUG